AAUUUACCCACAUUUUUAAUAUUGUGCGUUUUAUUAAAAAGCACAAGUUUGGAAAAUUUGACUAAAACUGCAUUAACAAAAUCUUCUACAAUUUUGUCAAGUGAAGAAAAUAUUAAAAAUGUAACGACACCAAUUUCGUCCACAACUACUUUUCCAACAACUACUUGUAAAGCCAACAGUUCUUGUUUUGCAAAUUCAACAACUCAAAAUUCAGUAACUGUCUCUCCCACUAAACAGACGACUGCUUUAGUAACGACCCCUUCUCCUACGAGCUUUUUGCAGUUUGAUAUGAAAGCUUCAGAACAAUCUAGCAAGAAUUUGUGCAUUUGUGAUUUAACGGUUGAUUAUUGUGAUCUCAACUGCUGUUGCGACAAAGACUGUUCCUUAGAAAAUAAACUUGUAUUCGAUCAUUGUGAAAAAGAUUUUCGACAUUAUGAUACAAGAUAUUGCCAAUAUAUGAAACAUAUUUACCUUAAUAAGACACCUCAUGAGUUUCAAAUUAACCAAAAUGGACUGUUUUGUAUCGUUCGAAGCAAUUUACCAGCAAGUUACAUAGUUCAACGAAAGAAACCGUUAAAGUCAUUACAAGAUGCCCAAUUUGAAAGACAAAAUAGAUUUAUUUGGCCAAAACCUAAAGAAGAGUAUAGUGAAAUAUUUAAUUAUUUCAACUACACUUUUGGGAAGUCUCUAUGGACUUUGAGAAAUAAUACAAUUGAAACUUUACAUUUUCUUAAAAGUUUUAUGGUGACCAGUUGCGUGGUCAAAGAAGAUAUAAAAUAUUUAAUUGACGUCAAAAGUAGUUGUAGUCAUACAGACAUAUCCGGAGAUAAUUAUUAUCUGAAAGCAGACACAUUUUUCAGAAAUAUGACAAUAAUUGCAAAUCCGGGUUUACUAAAUGUCUCUUCUAAAAAUAAAAAUUUUCUCCAGAAUUGCCCAAAAAAUGUUUGUCUUAAUAUUCAGCCAAAAAUAUGCAACGAAGAUUUUGAAGACUGUGUCCAAAUCUCGAAGAAUGACACAAGAAUAAAAUCAAGAUGUAAACUAAACACUGUAAACAACGAAUUGUCUUGUAUUAAUCUAGUACAAAGCGUUAGGUACAAUUUUUAUCAUAACGGUAGUAGCGGUUUGAUAAAAGUAGAACUUUACUUGAUUCUGAAAAGUGCCACUUUUUAUUACCACGAGGAAAUGGAGUUUUCUCAAACGAUUGAAGCUAAUUUUAUUUGGUGGAACCACACUUUGAAUUAUUCAUCGCAUCUUAGUGGAAAUCCGGGAUAUUUAGUUGGCAAGCCAAUCUUAAUCGCAAAUAUUAUUUUAGUAAAUGUUCCUAUAAGUAAUACAAGUUCGACCAGCAAUGCAACAAGUUUCAAACAACAAUUACGGCUAUACCGAAAUCCCUUUGAUUUUACCGAAAAUUUUCUGGUUUUGCCGUUUGUAAAUUCAGAAGGUGUGUGUGCUUUGAGUAAACACAAAUAUACUCCGAUUGAGUUCGGUUAUAACAUUUAUCUAAAAUGCGAAAUUAAUGAUUAUCUUUGGAUUAAAAAUCUGUCUGCCAAAAAUAUAUGCAUUGCCAUACAGGAGACCAUAUUCAGAUAUUGGGCUCUAAAAACAACUAAUAGCACCUUAAGUAAUAAAGUAAUUGCUCAGUUUGGUAACGCAUACGUUUACAAUAUGGGCGAUUGGCUGCGACCAAUGUUUGAAAAUGAUCUCAAAGACAUUUUAAAUAGAACAUGGGGAGAGUUUGACCGCCAAAAGAAAUUUCUUAAAUGUGGUAACAUUACAACUUUACUUAUUACAGAAAUUUUUCAUGCCAGAGUGGAUUUUGAAGAUGUUAUUAAUCAAGAAAAAAUUUUAGCCACUACGUUUCAAUUUGAUAAUUUUAAAAACAUUACUUUUACAGUAGACCUAAACCAUACUUUUCAGUUUAACAUUAUAGUAAGUACACAAGUUAUGUUUCACGACAUCACUACUAAGAAAAUGAGAAAACUCGUUGAUCCACCCAGUCUGAAAAUUCGAUUGCCUCAUGAUUUCUUUUAUCCUUUUGUGAAAAUAGAUAAUCAUGCUGUAAAGCAAACACCAUUUAUUAAUGUAAUAGUAGUAGGACUGAUUUUUGUAUUCACAUCCAAAUAAAAUGUUUUAAGAA